UUUGCAAUGCAGCGAGUCAUCAAUGCAGUGGUUUUCAUUUCAGUUCCCGCCCUACGCCACCAACGAGAUCGGCAAGAUGGGCGGUCUCAACAGGAGAGAGCUCGGACACGGGGCCCUGGCCGAGAAAGCGCUGCGGCCUGUCAUCCCUAAAGACUUCCCUUUCACCAUCAGGGUCACGGCUGAGGUGUUGGAGUCAAACGGGUCUUCAUCCAUGGCCUCGGCAUGUGGAGGCAGCCUGGCGCUCAUGGAUGCAGGUACUGGACGCAGGCCUUCUUUGUUAUUUUUAAGACAUUAA